AUGGCGCUGAACGUGGCGUUUCAACAUCAGUCCAAGCGCGUGAAGGUCGCGCCCGGAACAAGAAUGUCUCAAGUGCUGACAGACGCACGGCAGCAGUUCGGCCUGAGCGACUCGCUCCAGUCCCACCUUCUGCAUCGCGGCAAGGCCAUCGACCUGUCCAUUCCCUUUCGUCUGACAGGAAUUUCCAACAACGCGACGAUCGAGUUGGCGGAGAUUGAGAGCGCAGCUCAAGUGCAACAAGUUCGUGUGUGUAUCCAAUUGCCCGAUGGCAAGCGCGUUCAAGCGUCUUUCAAUAGUGACACGACCAUUGAGUGCAUUUUGAAGGUCUUGGAAGUGCUGCCACUUUCGAAAGAGCGCUUCUCGUUGGAAUUUCUGCGGCGUGAAAUUGACUGUGACGCGUUUCCGACAACCACGUUACAAGAGCUGGGCAUUCUAAGCGGCUCUGCGAUGUUUCGUGUUCGAGUUGCAAGAAAAACUUCGGAUUCAGCUGCGUCAAGUGCGCCAUCAUCAGCUUCAUCUCUGCAAAAUCCUUAUGUCUCACCUACGUCUGCAGCUUCGCCGUGUUCGGCUGCCCCAGUUUCUGAACGUGAGACGUCGGACUGUCUUUCAGCAUUGCAGUCAGGUUACCAUGAAAUGAAAGCUGCAGUCGCCGAGGAGGAAUCUGUCAGUGGGGGCUCUACUCGCACGAGCAGUUAUGACGCAUUGCAAAUGCUGCGAAAUAAUAGUUUUGACGCCGUGUCACGCACUGCGGUUAUGACUCUGAUGGGGAUUGUUACAAACAUCUUGUCAGAUCCAGAAAACGAAAAGGUGCGCUCGAUAAGGGUAUCGAAUGCAACGUUUGAACGAUCGAUUGGCCGCGUGAAGGGUGGUAUCGAAUUCAUGACAUCCAUCGGAUUUAAACUUGUUCCAGAAACGCAAGCACUUGUCUUAAGUGCUGAUUUUCUCAACGAAGGCCUUCUGGAAGAGGGUCUGCGGCUACUUCGCAUUGAAGCUGAUGAUCUCAACAUUCCACAGGAUACACGUCCAGCUCUUCGUGAAAAGAAAGCGGACCAAAGCUUUGACGUGUUUAAGCCGCAAAUUACUCGUGUGCAGAUGCAACCCAGAGGCCCGAGCACGACAGAAGUCCUCGUGGAUGCGCUAAAGUCUAAGCAAGAGCAAUUAGUUGGGCACAUAAAACCUCCCCGAAGCACAACUAUUGUAUUUAGAGGUAAACGAUCAAGCAGUCGACUUGACUCGGUACUCGAAGAUAGUGAGCGAAGUGACGCUCAGCUAUUGAUCUCGAGUCUUAAAGCUCGGCGAGACAAGAUGGAGAAGACCAAGAACUUCCGCACGCAGGCGAUGCGUGACCUAGACGAGCUUAAGCGUAAACGAGUCUUUCAGACGGUGUUGAUCCGAGUCCAGUUUCCGGACCGAACCGUCAUGCAGGCGACAUUCCACCCCAGUGAAACGAUUCAAGAUGUAAUGGACCACGUGACAGAAUGUCUGGCUGAUCAGUUCAGGGCCAGCAAGUUCUAUCUUUACGUGACGCCACCCACUCAGAAAUUAGUGGCUUCUAAGACCCUGAUCGAAUUGAACCUUGUGCCUGCUGCAUUGACAUAUUUCUCGUGGGUCGAGACGCCUCCUGCAUCCGAUGUGACCAGCGCUGGUUCCCACUUCCGCAGUGAACUGUUGCCGGAUGGACACGACGUAUCCAAAGAAAGUGUGAGUCCUUUGCAGCAAGCUAUGUAUCCUAAGCCACUCCAUCUCGAUAAUGCGCUUACGACACAGGCAUGUGACGAGCCAACGAUCCAGACAUCUUCAAGCGCACAAGCAAAACCCACUAAGAAGCCGUCGUGGUUCAAACCCUAG